AUGUCAUCAUCUCUCGCUGGAGGCUUUCAGUCCAAUUCCCCGCCCUCCUGCCCCGCCCUCCUGCCCCGCGCUCGUGGCCCGCCCUCCUGCCCCGCCCUCCAGCCCCGCCCUCCAGCCCCGCCCUCCUGCCCCGCCCUCCAGCCCCGCCCUCCUGCCCCGCCGUCCAACCCCGCCCUGCUGCCCCGCCCUGCUGCCCCGCCCUCAUGUGUCUCACCUGUGUCUCGUUAG